AUGGAUUCUCUAGCAUUGCGUAAGAGAUCAGGAAAAGGGGUUGGUGACGGAAAAACGAAAGAUUCUGGAGAUGCGGUUGCUACAUCGUCAGAACCUGGUGGCAGAGAGGUAGACACUGGAGCUCAGGGCACACAGGUGCCGGCUCUGGAUGAUGCUGCUGAAGCAACCACUGGGAGCGGGGCGAUGGGCACUGAAUCUGCUGUCAAUCCGUUCUGGUCUCAGAGGGCCCAAGAGGAAACCCAGCUGCGGAGGAUGAGGCCGGAUUUCCUGGGCGAGGCUGAGAUCAGCGAUCAUCAGCCUGAACCGUCGACGCCAUCGACUGAACUGCGGAGGCCUGAAGAGACGGCGAUGGAGCCGACAGGUGCAGUUCGAACCACGGUGUCCCAACCAGCGCGAUCUGAGACUCCUGCGAGUGAGCCCUCGGGUUUGUCGCUGGGAGAGAGACAGGUCCUUCGAGAGAUGAAGCAGAUUCUUGAGAGCGUUGUUCAGCGGAAUGAGGAACGGACCUCCCAGAAUGAAGUUCUUCGUCAGCGGCUGGAGAAGCUCGAGGACGACAAGGUGGGAAGUCAGGAUGCUUGGAGGUCCGCUGCGUCCGGCGGAGUGCCUGAGGGUUUUGAGGCCACUGUAGGAGAGGGUGAACAAGUUCAGGGCUGGGGUGAGGGUGAACUAGGUAGGUUCAUCCCUCCCCAUCCGAAUGCUGAGCACCCCACUUCGAGAUCUGAUCCUAUGCCUAACCCUGGAGCCUUACAAGUCUCAUCUGUGGAGUACCAAAGGGUGUUUGAGAAGGGAUACAAUGCUGCUAAGGAGGCUUUGGAGAUUGAAAGGAACUGGGACCUUGCGAUGUCCCCUCCUUCGGUGCGAGAUCUUCAGGGUGGUAGUGGUUUUGAUCACGUAGGUUGUGCAUCAGAGGGGAAUGGGGAUCCUUGGAAGGGAUGGGAUUGGACGGAUUUGGGUGGCCAUACGGGCGGCCGGGAUCCUUUUGCUCCUGGAGAUAAGACGUUUUGGACCUUGCCCGCUUUGGGUGACCCAGAUCUGCCUUCUGCAGCUACCCGUGCUGCUGAUUGGCUGGCCCAAAUUAGGCCUCUCCUCUACGACCUGUCGGAACUUUCACAGGUCUGGUGGCAGCGUGUGGAGUGGGAGGCCCAGGUUUUGUACGAUCGCUGGUUCCAGGCUACUGCCAUCGAAAAGGGGGCUAUAACUUCGCAGUUGAGCCCAGAGCUGUCCCACAUGAGAUUCCGUCGUCUGGAAAGUCGUGCUUAUGGCAUGCUCCAAGCGGCUGUGCCAGCGGUCAUACGGGACGAGCUUCUUGCUUCACGCUCGCUGCGUUGCGUGGGAUUGUUGUUUCAGGUUCUGAAGCUUUACGGUCCAGGAGGGCUUCAGGAACGGGCGCAGGUUCUGGGGGAGCUGACUAGUUUGGGGACGGCCAAAACUGCGGGGGAGGCGGUACAAGCGCUUAGAACUUGGAGUCGGUGCUACGCUCGCGCGCGCACCAUGUCAGUGGUUGUGCCAGACCCGGCACUCAUCCUCCGUGGAGUCGACACUCUGGGAGAGCAGCUUCUUCGAAAGCCUGUGCAUGCUCAAGUGGCAUUUCGCAUUUCCACGGCCCGCAAUCUUCUCCGAUUGGAUCACAACCCAACGAUGUCGUCGGUAGUGGAGUUCAUGCGCAUUCUUCAAAGUGAGUGGGAGCAGGUGGCUGUAUCGGGAGCUGAGCCCACUCAAGGGGGUGGGACAGAUGGCAAGGGGAACAAGGGGAAGGGAAAAACUCAGGACGCCUCGGCGGAGAGUACUGGUAAGGGUGCUUCCUCUAGGACUCAGGCCGAAAGUCAGAGUGCAACUAAGGGCAGUUCCACGUUGGGUGGUCCUUCAGCCAAGGCAGCUUCGGCUCAGCCUGGGAGUGGAGUUCCAGAGGAGGAUGAGAGCGAUCAGAGGGAUCACUGUCUGGAGAUUCAAGCCAGAGAUGAGGGCACUGAGGAUGUGAAAUCUGCAUGGGGUUCGGAGAAGAAGCUCAUGAAGUGGCUGAGGGAGUUCGCGCGCAAGCGUGUUCAUGAGUCUCAACCGGAGAGGGCGCAAGGCUCUGGCCAGGAUGAGGUCCCGUCGGUGUGGGCCUGGCCUGAGAUCAGGGACCGCUUGGCCAUGAGGGGCGGCAGCCCACGGGAGUCCUCACUAAUUCUUGGAACCUCGGAUCUGGAGCGACGUGAGGUUGAGGGGGAAGAACGAGUAGCGUUGCAAGCACUGACACGUGAGGAAGAGGAGUUCCGGAAGCACUGCGACGAGGGAGAGAGAAAGGAAGAGGGAGACGAAGAUGACGGUGGAGGCAUCGGCGCCAUCGAAAAUCCUGAACCAUUGAUCCUGGAGGACCCAACCCCUGAGGGAGAAGAAGAGGAAGAGAGAAUGACCCCAGAGGAGUUUGCCAACCUUCAGAAAGAGCAAGAAGAGGAGUGGAGAGCUAUAGCCGAGGGUUUGCAGAAACCGGUGAAGCUUCACAACCUGCUGUUCACUGAGCCUUUAGCCUCCAAGCGCGGUGCUGAGGUGCUCAGGGCCGUGCAACGUAUCCAUGCGCGGAUCUCCCUUCUUAAUCUCGCGGUGCGGCGUGUUCACUCUGACGGGGGGCGGGAGUUCGCGAACGCGGCUUUUCGGGGGUGGUGUGCUUCGCGGGAUAUACAUCCUACGUAUAGUCCGCCGUCUGAUCCGAAGGCUAAUGGGCGAAUUGAAGGCACGGUGGGUCAGGUGAAGGCUGGGAUUCGGGCUCUUUUGCGAGCGCAACCAGGGAUUGGUCGGGAGCAUUGGCCUUCUGCUUUGCGGCAGUACACGGCACAACGGUUCUGGAUGAGUAUGCAAACGUUGGGAGGUCCGGGUCCCAAGCGCAAGCUCCCUCCAUUUGGUGCCAGCGUUGUUGUUCAAAGCAGAAACUGGUCACGGAAGACACCUUAUGCCCCACGGGCCAUCCGCGGAGAAGUCCUUUGCCCGGCGGCAAACAUUUCGGGAUGUACCGUGAUCAAGCUGCCGCCCCUUCCGGGUCAAGCGGGCUGUAGGUUUCAUGUGGCGCCGGUCGUGUACGAGGGCGUUAAGGAUCCUCCCGACUUUGAGGCUGCGGAGGGUCAACCUGUCUCUCCACCUCGUCGUCGCGUCGUUGGGAAGCGUCCUGUGGAGGCCCGUGUCUCAGUCGACACGGGGGGGGAGUCGGAGUUACAAAAGGGUUUUGGGGCCGUUGAUGAUCAUGAUGCUGUGCAAUCGAACUCUGAAUGGCUGGUGCAUCAAGUGCCUCGAGAGAAGGAAGAGAAUGAGAGCAGUGAGGGAGAAAGAGACCCGUCGGUUUUCAACAUGUGGUCUGAAGCGCAGCGCAAACUCUCUGUCGAGGAAAGUGAAACUCGAGCUGAGGCUUUCUUGAAAUCGGAUCAGCGGAUUGAUCGCGAGGAAGGAGGUCCUGGUAGCUGGGCUUCAGUUCGCGUCACCAGUGGUUUCGCAUCGGAGAUACAUCGAGACAACAAUGAGAAAGGGUCUUUCAAUCUGUUGAUUCCGGUUAGUAGGUUCGUGAAGUUCGGGGUGAAAAGGUUGUUGGGAGGCUGGUUGGGGGAGGCUCAAACUUGGACGGGCCUCUACGCAGACCACGAUCCAGAUGACCCUGGAUCGGGGGGAGUCGGAAGGAAAGACGAAAAAGCCCUUGAUCCUGAGACCCAAGCUUGGCAGGCCGAACCGGCGCAGGUGUUGCAAACUGUGGCAGUGUCUCAUGCCGAAGUCCUCAAGCAUGUUGAAGAGUGGAGGGGUCCAGCCUGUGAAGAGCUGGGCAGCAUCUUUGAUAUCCAUCGCACGCUUCGGAAAAUUACCAACGAGGAUGUCACGGCCUUCAAGGAAGCUGGCGAUGUGAUCGAGUAUCUUCCUGCAAAGGCCCUCUUCCAAAUCAAGGCGGGUGCUGGCCGUAAAAAGGUUAGAGUAGUAGCCUGCGGCAACUUCGCUGAAGAUGCCGGCAGCAAGUCGAAGGAGAAGCGGUUCCAGAACUAUGCGGGUGGUGCCGAUACCUUGGGUCUGAGGUGCCACAUGAAGUUUGCGGGGGCACGAGCCACUACACAUGGAUGGGUGACGAGUGGAGGGGACAUUCGAACAGCAUUUCUGCUCGCGCCGCUGGUGCAACCUGGCCAUCGGAAGAUCUUGAGGCCGCCCCAUACCCUGGUGAAGGCCGGGAUCGUUGAUCCCAACGAGCUUUGGCUCGUUACUGGUGCUAUCUACGGGCUCCAGGAGAGCCCGGCGGCUUGGGCGACGCAUCGAGAUUCUGUCAUUCCCACAAUUGAGAUUCGGCUGAAAGGGCAGUCCAUGUAUCUCCAAAGGUCACAGGCGGAUGCCAACAUGUGGAUGCUGAGAUGUCCACAGACACAGGAGCUUCUUGCUCUGCUGUCUGUGUACGUCGACGAUCUCUUGCUGUCGGCAGAUGCUGAGGUGUCCGCUGCAGUGUGGGAGGCUAUCCAGAGCACUUGGAAAAUCAGCACGCCUGUGUAUGCCACGGCGAAGGAUGGACUGAAGUUCUGCGGCUUCGAGCUGCAUCAGGAUGACACAGGUUUGCGUGUGUCACAACAGUCAUACAUACGCUCCCUCCUGGACAAGUACCCCAACAUCCAAGGCGAGGUGAGCGUGCCCUACGCGAAGGAGUUUGAGAACCAGGAGAUCAAGCCGACCGCCAGCAUUGAGAGGAUUCGCUAUGCACAAGCCCUAGUAGGAGAAAUCCUCUGGGUUGCCACUCGCUCACGACCCGACCUCAGCUUUGCUGUGUCCAGGAUCGGUCAGCUCAUUACCAAGGAUACGGAACAGGCGAUCCAGCGAGCGGAAGACGCUGUCAGAUACCUGCGACACAGCAUCCAUUAUGAGCUGCGCUAUGGCAGCCCUGGAGAUGGACGUGGACCAGGGGAUCUACUACCAGUAGAUCGUGGCGACAACCUGGUAGAAGUCUUUGCUGACGCUUCCUUCUGUCCUGGUACCGACAAAUCGCAGACUGGGCUGGUGAUCCUCUGGGGAAAUUCACCCAUCGCAUGGCUUAGCUUGCGGCAGCCUUGUGCCAGUCUUUCGACUGCAGAGGCCGAACUACAAGCCAGCCUGGACGGAAUGACGUUAGCAUAUGGACUGCUGCCGUUGCUCAAGGAGCUUUCUGGUGAGGAUCAAAAGGCCUUGCUCUACAACGACAAUCAGGGAGCAUGUACGGUGAUGAACAUGCCGCAAGGCACCUGGAGGACCCGUCACCUUCGAUUGAAGGCUGCUUGGUUCUUUGAACAACUUGAACAUGCCAAGUUUCGUGUCUAUCAUGUCCCUGGACAGUUCAUGCUUGGAGACCUGUGCACCAAACCGCUACAAGGUGUUCGGGUGCGCGAUCUCUUGCACCUGAUGCAGAUGAGAAUCGAGCCAUCAGGUCCUGAUGGGGGGGAGUCCGAUGAUAAGCGAAAGGCUCUGAUCUCUCCAGUGUCCGGUCCUAGCACUGGGACCGGGGGAGUUGUGUCCGGGGGAGCCGUGAAAGCUUUGAGGAUGUUGUCGGUUGCAUCGUUGUUGCGUGAGGCUACGUCGAAGCUUGUGAGAGUGCAAGUUGAACUUGACGACUACUCCGAGGACACGAGUGUUGUUGAGACGUUGAAGCUUGUGGCGUGCUUGGUUGCAGUCUUCGGUGCCCUUGCUUUGCUUGCGUGGAGUUGUAAGCGUGACCGUGAGGAGGAAGCCCCGAGGAUUCGAGCCAUGAGGGGAGUUGAUGAGGACACUAUGAGUGAGUGGUCCAUGAUUGACACUCGGAGUGAGCUCCGGGCUGAACAAGGCUUCGGGGAGACGGUUGGGGAAGAGGCGGGUGGUUUGAGGCAUAGGAGGUCUGGAGAACGUAACUAUGGGUGCGGUUCCAGGUCGUUGGCUGUCCCGGCCUCUCAGAUCCCUAAGGGUCCCGAAGUAAACCCUGACGACGACGUGAGUAACUACGGUUGCGGUUCCAGGUCCUUGGCUGCCUCAGCCUCUGAUGACCCUAAGGGUGCCCUAACCCCGGACGACAUUGGCGCAGAAGCUGGCGCUCCAACACCUCCUGAUCCGCAUGACCCUGGAGAAGAGUCCGAGAACCACGAGGCUCUGCCUACUGCUGCUGACUUGCCUGACGAAGUCUGUGACAGCAAGACGCCGUUCGAGGCUGCAAAUGUUCAACAUCAAAAUGAGCGAGAGCGUGUGGUGGUAUAUCCGGGAUGGACGCUGAGGGUGCCGCCUCGCUUCGUGUGGCAGGAUCAAAUUCCGGAGUGGGGAGGACCAGAAGGUCUUUUUCACCAAAACAUCCCUGCGACUGUGAGGAACGACAUGUGGUACCUGGACCAUCGACGCUCGGUCUUGGUGCGUUUCCAUGCAAGACCUCGGAGGAAGAUGUAUGUGCCGAGUGCGACUGGGAUCCCUACGACUCUUCAGUGGCAAUCCCUUACGGGAAGGAGGAGAACCUUGGCGAAGUUCGCUACGUCAACUGCCCGAGAAAGCAUUGAGGACGACUUCACUGAUCUUCGUCCUCUUCCUGCCCGCUAUCUGAAGGAUUCCUGGACUGGACGCACCGAGUUUGAGAUCUCAGUUCAAGCAGCUCGUGUGAGCUGA